UGAUUAUUAGCAAGAAGGCGAUUGUAGUUGCGUGUGUCAACGUCGACAAGAUACUACGCUGCAUGUUAUAUUAAUUAAAUAAUUCUAAAUAACUUAUUAAUUAACGUGCCUAUUUAUUAUCGUAAAAGAAAAAGAUAGAAAAUGGGUAGAUCUAGAUCACGCAGUAAAUCGCCGAGUAGUAGGCGGCGUCACAAGAGUAAACAUUCGCGAAAACGUUCUAAAUCCCGUGAAAAACGUUCUAACAGCAAAUAUGUAGAAAAAUCAAAAGAACGUAGUUCUAAAACAAGAAAACGUUCACAUUCUUCAUCAACAAGCAGUGACUCUGAUGGGUCCGAUGAUGUUCACAUUGUCAGUCAUAAAAAACGUUUAUUCAAAGAUAGAGAUAGAAAAAUGGAUGAAGUUGAGCGAUUAGCUGAAAUGGAACGACAAAGGAAAAAGAAAGAAUUAACGCACAAUACCCUCGCCACGAGCGCAAUCCGGCGACAGCGAGAAACGGAGCAAAAGUUAGUGGAGGAAGAGGCGGCUAAACGUAUUGAAGAGCUUGUCCAAAAAAGGGUAGAAGAAGAACUAGAAAAACGUAAGGAGGAGAUUGAGGCGGAAGUUCAUCGACGAGUAGAAGAGGCUAAAAGAGCCAUUGAACGUCAAAUGAUGGAAGAAAUGGAAUGGCGCCAGGCUAAACUCCGCGAGGAGGAAAAACGAAGAGAGGAGGAAGAGCGGAAAAAACGUGAGGAACUCGAAAGGAUCAUGGAGGAAAACAACAGGAAAAUUGAAGAGGCUCAAAAGAAAUUGGCUGAGGAAAGAUUAGCAAUGGUUGAAGAACAACGACUUAUGGAAGAAGAGCGGCAAAAGAUGAGAAAAGAACAAGAAAAGCGAGUUAAAGAAGAGCAAAAGAAAAUAUUGGGAAAAAACAAUUCAAGACCUAAGCUUUCUUUUACCUUGAAACCAGUUACGUGAGUUUUAAGAUUAAUUUCGAGUCAUCUUUUUUGUGCUGCUAGAUAUCCCUUCAGGGUUUUUUUUUACAUAGAUAGUGAUUUGCAAGUUGUAAUCAAGCUGUUUGAUCGAUAAUAUACACAUCAAAUAAUCUGUUUAUUUGUUGCUUUUGUUCGAUCAAAUUCUUGUUAACAUUUCUUGCAAGUUAUUGACUGUCGGGAAGUCAUCAAAUUCACACAAUCUGUAUAUUAAUGUUAAUUUAUGUAUAUAUUAAACAAUCAGAACGAUAAGGACUGAUUUUUAUUACUUACAAUGUUGCAACUGCUCUAUAUGUAUGUAUAUACAUAUGUUUUUGAUUGAGAAAUUUGUAUUAAUUCAAGAGAAGUGUCAGUAAAGAUUACAUUAGUCGAUUAAAUUUAUCGAAUAAAUUAUA